AGAUCCUGCUUACAAUUUCCUAGCUUAGCCCAAAAACUGAUGUCCAAGUUAAGACAUUAAACACACCAAGUACGUUUCCAACAUUGAUUGAUCAUGUACGUUCUUUGUCUUGUUGGAGUUCACAUCUAUCACUGCUAUAAAUACGUUUACCAGCAUCUCAACCUUCAUACGCAAUCCUGAUAGGCGUGCACAUUGAUCUGAUAGGUUUCUCUUGCCAAGAUGAUGAUGAGGAGAAAGGAUCGACAGAAUGGCAGAAGAACACCAUCAGUACCAGUCUUUGCGCUGACCGUGUUAUUGAUAUCCAUUAUUAUCUCUUCAACAACAGCCCAGGAAGAUCAUUCACAGAACGUGGAUGAGUAUUUGCCUGUGGCUGUGGCCGCACCAACAACACCUGCUGAUUACCUCCAAACUCAAAAUAUGGAACUUCAAGAUUUUGAUCUCUUGGGAUGCAUGUCAGUAUCCCCACAGAUAGUACAAUGUGCUGCAAAUGUUUACCUGACUUAUCUCUACCCUCAUAUACCACUCAAUGUUAUAUCCUCUUGUUGCGUGGUCAUAUUUAAGGUUGGCGAAAAAUGUUUGCCAAAAUUCGACUUCCCAAAAAUUGAAUCCCGCCACUUCGGGUUCCUGAACAAUUUGCCUAAUCAGCUCAAGCAACUCUGUGAGCUUAUUCAGCCUCACUCAUCUGCAUUGUCAACUGGUGGUUUAACUGUAUCUCCUAAACAAGAUGAUGAAGUACUUGGAGAAUGCUUAUUCUCAAAACUUCGAAGUGUGGAGCAGUGCGAAAAAGAGGUGGUCACUUUUUUCACAACUUUGCAAGUUCAAUCUGUUGGAAAAUCCUGCUGCAAGGCAAUUAUUGAUAUUACUGAAGGAUGUUGGUCAUCAGUAUUUCCUUUCAAUCCUUUCUUUCCUUCUUUGCUGAAGAACUACUGUAUGCCAUUGUUGGCCUCCCCUCCUGCGUAA